AAAAAUUUUAAAGAUUAAAGUUUAAAUUUUUUUGACAUUCUUGCAUACAAUAUACAAAAUAAUAACCAAUUAAAAAUUUUAUGUAUUUUAUAUAAAAUUAAAUAAAUACAUGUAAUAAUUUUUAAUAAUUACACAUGUGUAUAUACAGAUGUAAACAUAAAUACAAAUAAUAUAUAAAAAAUAACAAAUUUUUUAACUCAUCUUUUUGAAGAUUUAUAACAAGCUAAUCCAAAUAUACCCAGUUUAAAAUUAAAUAGUUUUAUUCAAAUAAAUUUAUCAAAAUGACUGGAACAAUACCUGAAGAACCAACAUGGAGUUUAGAGAGGCGUGAAUCAUCCGGACAAUUGGUAUGGCGUAGAGAAUCAUCAAAUUCAAAAGUUAGAUUUCGUUUUGAUGUUGAAGUUUUAGAAUAUGAAAAAAAUCCUGAAGAACAUAAUAUAACAUAUGAUUAUGUAGCACACCGUAGAUCAUUAGUUAGUAAUAUAAGAAUAUCAAAUUCAAUAAUGGUAUGUGCAACGUGUGUUGUUGCAUUUGCAGUUACAAUGUUCCUACCAUGGUAUUUAGUUACGGUGCCGAAUUGAAAUAAAAUUUAAAAUAUAAAUUAUAAAUAUAAUUUUAUUUUUAUUGAUUACACAACAUAGAUAUAUAUAUAUGUAUAUAAAAUACUAAUUACAUGAAUUUAAUAUUAUAAAUAAGUAAAAAUUUUUACUUAUAUCGUCAUAGCUCUUAAUUAAAUUAUUAUUUAUUCAAAAACAAAAGAAAAAAAAAAACAAAUCGUAAAAAAUUACAUUUUCAUUUAUUACAAUGUAAAAUUCCUAUUUUAAUUAUAAUUUAAAUAAUAGAUUAAUGUACUUUGUAAAUUUUUAAAAUUUCAUUUUUAUAAAAAUGUUUUUAAUUAUUUUUAAAAUGUUACUAAAGUGAGAUUGAAAUGUUACAGAGUGUGUGAUAAACUGUGAUUUUUGAAAUUAUAAAAAUGAUUUAUGUAUGUUUGUAUUGCCAAUAUUUGUAAAUAUUAUAAAAUAUUUGAAUGAAUAGUAAAAAUGAAUGUUGCAUACUUAUUGCAUACCUAUAUAAAUAAUUAAAUAAAUUUUAGUAAUUAUUUUGAAUGUACGCAUUUUAUGUAUAAAACAAUUAUAUUUUACUCAU